AAGAAUCCUGUCUGAUUCUGUUAUAUGCAGUUCCUAACUAAAGAAUCCUGUCUGAUUCUGUUAUAUGCAGUUCAUAACUAAAGAAUCCUGUCUGAUCCUAUUAUAUGCAGUUCAUAACUAAAGAAUCCUGUCUGAUUCUGUUAUAUGCAGUUACUAACUAAAUAAUCCUGUCUGAUCCUGUUAUAUGCAGUUCAUAACUAAAGAAUCCUGUCUGAUCCUGGCUGUGACUCCAGCUAACCAGGAUCUAGCCAACUCUGAUGCUCUCAAGAUAUCUAAGGAGGUCGACCCUCAAGGGUUACGUACCAUCGGAGUGAUCACCAAGCUGGACCUGAUGGACGAGGGGACGGACGCACGGGACAUUCUAGAGAAUAAACUACUGCCGCUACGCAGGGGUUACAUUGGGGUGGUGAAUCGUAGUCAGAAGGAUAUUGACGGCAGGAAGGAUAUUAAAGCAGCUCUGGGUGCAGAGAGGAAGUUCUUCCUGUCUCAUCCAGGAUACCGACACAUAGCUGACCGCAUGGGAACACCACAUCUACAGAAAACACUGAACCAGCAACUGACCAACCACAUCCGGGACACGUUGCCAGGGUUACGUAGUAAGCUCCAGAGCCAGCUUCUAUCUCUGGAGAAAGAGGUGGAGGAAUACAAGAACUUCAAACCAGACGACCCGACACGCAAGACCAAGGCCCUACUGCAGAUGGUUCAGCAGUUUGGUGUAGACUUUGAGAAGCGUAUUGAGGGAUCAGGUGAUCAGGUGGACACUGUGGAGCUCUCUGGAGGAGCUAGAAUCAACAGGAUCUUCCACGAGAGAUUCCCCUUCGAACUGGUCAAGAUGGAGUUUGAUGAGAAGGAGUUGAGGAGAGAGAUCAGUUAUGCCAUCAAGAACAUCCACGGAGUGAGAACAGGCCUGUUCACCCCUGACCUAGCCUUUGAGGCCAUAGUGAAAAAGCAGAUCAUUAAGCUGAAAGAGCCCUGUCUGAAAUGUAUGGACCUGGUGAUCCAGGAGCUCAUCAACACCGUGCGCCAGUGCACCAAUAAGCUUGGCUCCUACCCCAGACUGAGAGAAGAGACAGAGAGAAUCGUCACAACCUACGUCAGAGAGAGAGACAUCAAAACCAAAGACCAGGUGCUGCUGUUGAUUGACAUUGAGCUGUCUUACAUCAACACAAACCAUGAGGACUUCAUUGGCUUCGCAAACGCGCAACAGAGGACCACUGUUACUGCUGCUAUUAACAACAAGAAGAGAGUGAUGCCAAACCAGGUGAUCCGGAGGGGCUGGCUCACUAUCAACAUAAGCAUUAUGAAGGGGGGGUCCAAAGACUACUGGUUCGUCCUGACUGCAGAGUCACUGUCCUGGUACAAGGAUGAGGAGGAGAAAGAGAAGAAGUACAUGCUGCCUCUAGAUAAUCUGAAGCUGAGAGACGUGGAGAAAGGUUUCAUGUCCACAAAACACACAUUCGCCAUCUUCAACACCGAGUCCAGGAACGUGUAUAAGGACCUACGUCAGAUAGAGCUGGCCUGUGACACACAGGAGGAUGUAGACAGCUGGAAGGCUUCUUUCCUCAGAGCUGGAGUUUACCCUGAGAAAGACCAGGUUGACAGUGAGGACACAGGACCAGCAGAAUCCUUCUCUAUGGAUCCCCAGCUGGAGAGGCAGGUUGAGACCAUAAGGAAUCUUGUGGAUUCCUACAUCGGCAUCGUCAACAAGUCCAUCAGGGAUCUAAUGCCCAAGACCAUCAUGCACCUCAUGAUCAACAGCGCUAAAGACUUCAUCCAUUCUGAGUUGUUGGCCUACCUGUAUUCCUGUGGGGACCAGGGCAGUCUGAUGGAGGAGUCAGCUGACCAGGCUCAGAGGAGAGAUGAGAUGUUGAGGAUGUACCAUGCUCUGAAAGAAGCCCUGGUGAUCAUAGGAGACAUCAGUACAACCACAGUGUCAGCUCCUGUACCUCCACCUGUAGACGACACCUGGAGGACCAAGGAACCCAGCCCCCCUCCUCAGGCCAGACCAGCCCCGGCCGCUGUCCCCCCUCCUAGUCGCCCCCCGGCAGCAAGAGGCCCCACCGCCGCCCCUCCUCCCUCCAGUCCCCAAAACCCAGCUUUCGGGGCGCCCCUUAUCCCCUCUCGACCUGGACCCCCACCAGUCAACACCUACAGUGCAGCGGACCCUGUCGCCAAUGUCCCCCUGAUCCCAUCUCGCCCAGCCAGGGUACCCCCAGCACUGCCCCCCGGCAUACCCAGAAGACCCCCAGCGGCCCCAGGCCGUCCCACCAUCAUACGCCCUUCAGAGCCUUCACUGCUGGACUAGACAGACAGACAGACAGACAGACAGACAGACAGACAGACAGGCAGACAGGCAGACAGGCAGACAGACAGACAGACAGACAGACAGACAGACAGACAGACAGACAGACAGACAGACAGGCAGACAGGCAGACAGGCAGACAGGCAGAAAGACAGACAAAAUGAACAAUUACCACUCCUAAUGUCCUUUGACUACAAAGAAACACUUUGCGUAACGUUGAUGUUUUAUUCCCUAACAUGAUUCAAGACUGUCUUUCAUGUAUUCUCUCUCAAUAACAGAAGACAGACAGAUUGUCAUGUUAUUGUUAUGUCAUGUAUUCUCUCUUAAUAUGCAUAUUGUCAUGUUAUUGUUAUGUCAUGUAUUAUUUACAUUAUUAUUUACUAUUAUUUACUAUUUUACUUUUUUUCAUUUAAGCAACACUAUGUACUUUUGAUCACAUAGUUUUUUUUUUAGCUUUGUAACAAUGUUUAAUACCUUCAUUUUUGAGAGAGAGAGGAUUGAGAGAAAAAAAUGAAACCUACAUUUUUUGUUUAACUCUAACUUACUUUAAAUGAACUGAGUUUAAACCAGGGGAUCAGACAGAAUUUCAAAUCAAACAGGUUUUUGUGAAUACCUAGAAUACUUCUUCACAUGGAAGCACUUAUUCCAUUUUUUUUUAUAACAAAUACACUCCAUAAUUAAUAACAAAAUACUUAUUUCUUUAUACUGUUUUAAAUGUUUCUAUCCUUACUGGAUCAUAUGUACAGUUGUAUUUUUAGAUCUAAUCUUCAAUAUGCACUUCAAUAUCUAUGCAGGAAUAUUAUAGUAAGUCUUUUCUAGCUCGCAGCUUUUUUGAAAUUAAUUUUGAUGAAAUGCUAAUUAUGCUAUAAAAUGAAUUGAUUUCAAUGGAAACUAGUUAGCUACAACUGCCCUCACAGUUCACUCAAAGAACAGUGGUAACCGGUCAGGGUUGGUGUCCAUUCCGUUUCAGUAAGUUCAGAAAGUUCCAAUCCUCUUCAAUGCUCUUUAAUGAGGAACAUUUGGAAUUGGAAUUUGGUUUUCUCUCUGAAUUGACUGGAAUUUACAUGGAAUUGGCACCAACCCUGUAGUCAAUAUAGAUACCUAGUGUCUCGUCAGUUAUCGAUGUUAGUAGUAGAUAGUUGUUAGAUAAGGGCCAGGAUUCAAUCAAAGAUGCUUUGUCGAUAAGCUCACUGCACUUGACUUUUAAAAGGUCAUUUAUGACAUCCGCAGCGUUUACCGCAAAUGCAAUCUCUGCAAACAUCUAGGAAAUUCCCUUUAAAAGGAUCAUUGUUGAGUGUUGUUUGCUUAUCGCUUCUUUAAUUAAAUCCCGGCUUUUAGCCCAGUCUAUUGUAAAUGGUAGCUUGCUGUCAAUCUGGCCUCUGCUUCCUGAAUAGACCAAUCAAAAUAGACCUGCUUCCUGAAUGGACCAAUCAAAAUGGACCUGCUUCCUGAAUGGACCAAUCAGAAACCAGACAGAGGGGGUAGUGCACCACAAAGGGAAUAGGAUGCCGUUUCAGACUCUUUGUAUUGUUUUUUUAAAAACGACUUUUUCUAUUUUUCUAAGUGCCUCUUACCUGUGGCUUUCCUAUUGGAUGAACAGAUGAAUGACAUGAUACAUUAACAAAGGAAUGAAUCACUGGGUGAACAAGGGAUGGUAGAAUAGAACAGUAUUGUGAAGAAGGUGUAUAAAGAUGUGAUACGGAAUAAUAAAGAGAUAAAGGGACUGAG